GUCCCGCCAAAAAGUUGAGUGUCCCGCACGACGAGCACGACAAGCCACUUGCAGCACCACCACCCACCCGGACUGCGCCAAAAAUACCGCCAACAUGAAGCUCAACGUCAAGAACAUCCGUUACCUCACUCCAGAGGACUGGCGCGUCCUCACAGCGACAGAAAUGGGCUCGCGCAACCACGAAGUUGUGCCCACCUCGCUGAUAUCCUCAAUCUCCGGACCCGGGAUAGGCGUGCACAAAUCCAUCUCGAACCUGGCCAAAAUCGGGCUGAUUGCGAAGACCAAAAACGCCAAAUACGACGGCUACCGGCUGACAUACGGCGGCCUCGACUACCUCGCCCUGCACACGCACACCAAGUCCUCGACCGUCUUCUCCGUGGGCAACCAGAUCGGCGUCGGCAAGGAAAGCGACAUCUUCGUGUGCGCCAGCGAAGAGGGCCGCCAGCUCGUCCUCAAAAUCCACCGACUGGGCCGCAUAUCCUUCCGCACUGUCAAGGCCAACCGCGACUACCUGCGCAACCGCCAGGGCGGCAGCUGGAUGUACAUGUCGCGGCUGGCGGCCAUCAAGGAGCACGAGUUCAUGAAGGCGCUGCGGCGCGAGGGGUUCCCCGUCCCGGAGCCCGUGGGCCAGAACAGACACACGGUGAUUAUGGAGCUGAUUGAUGCCUUCCCGCUGCGCACCAUCUCCAAGAUCGGCGACCCGGCGCCGCUGUACAGCGAGCUGCUGAGCUUCAUCGUGCGCUUUGCCCAGCACGGGCUGAUCCACGGCGACUUCAACGAGUUCAAUAUCCUGAUUGAGGAGAAGUUCGAAGGCGAUGAGCGCGUCGAGCUCAAGCCCACUAUUAUCGAUUUCCCGCAGAUGGUCUCGAUUGAUCAUGCCAACGCCGAGUACUACUUCGACCGCGAUGUCGCCUGUAUAAAGCGCUUUUUCGACAGACGCUUCGGUUUCACGAGCGACGAGCCUGGCCCGUUCUUCAAGGACGCCGUCAAGAAGGUGGUCAAACGCCUGGAUGUCGAAGUAGAAGCUUCAGGCUUUAGCAAGAAGAUGGCCAAGGAGCUAGACACAUACAUGAAGGAGCAUGGCGUCGAUGGCGAUGCAGGCGGUGCUGAAGGCGGCCGCGAUGAUGACGAUGAGGGCAGUGUUGAUGACCAAUAUCUGCAGCAGGAGGACGAAGAUGAAGAGUCUGGGGGUAUUUCGCUCCAAGACGACGUCGACCCAGAGGCUCUGCCCACGGAAGAGCAGACGCCUGGUGCUGUCGCAGCACAGAUGACAUUGCUCGACAUCCGAGACAACGACCCGUUGCCAGACCUGAGCGAAUGCAAGCCUCGACCGCAAUCCACCAUGACCACCAAAGCCGCAAAGAAAAAGGCCGGCUGGGCUCUCUGAGCUUUCGCAUCAUCUUCUUGCUUCCGUUCUUAGCGAUACCCACAUUUAGAGGCUGCAAAAGUACAACCACUUUAGAUAUGAAUCAAUCA